AUGGCGACAAUGGAGAAGGCAUUGCCCGAAGAAGCGGCUUCUGCUACGCUUACUAUCCGGCUCCUCAUGCAAGGCAAAGAAGUCGGGAGCAUAAUCGGGAAGAAGGGAGAGAUAGUGACUCGAUUCCGAGAGAAGAGUGGAGCCAAGAUCAACAUCUCGGAUGGUAGUUGUCCGGAGCGGAUAGUGACCAUCACGGGACCCACGGAUUCCAUCAUCAAGGCCUUCGGGCUCAUCUGCAACAAGUUCGAAGAGGACAUGGCGAACGCUCCCAGCAUCGGGUCGGGGACAGUCCCGCGUCCCCCGAUCACCCUGCGGCUCAUCGUGCCGGCCUCCCAAUGCGGAUCCCUGAUCGGGAAGGGCGGGUCGAAGAUCAAGGAGAUUCGGGAGGUGACCGGGGCGAGCAUCCAGGUCGCCUCAGAGAUGCUCCCGAACUCCACCGAGCGGGCCGUCACCGUGUCCGGGGCUGCUGAGGCCAUCCAACAGUGCAUCUAUCACAUCUGCCUCAUCAUGGUGGAGAACCCGCCAAAAGGUGCCACGAUCCCGUAUCGUCCGAAGGCACCUGGAGGGGCGCCGACGGCCACAGCAGCCGGCAUGCUCCUCGGAGGCUUACCCUUACAAGGAAACCUCAGCCUCUCCUCCUCCCCCACAGACGUAAGUAAUUGCCCUCCUGGCACCGGCCCCCCCGGGGCAGUGGCAGCGAUUGCCGCCUCGCAAGCCCCGCCACCUCUGGCCCCUCUGCCUACCCUUUACCAUACCCACCACCACCACCAUCCCUUAACCCAGUUACCGCCAGGACUGGCCGCCGCCGAACUCAAGUCACAAGUGCCCGUGGCCUCCCUCCCGCCAGUCACACUGGCCACUUCUAACUCCAUCGAUCUCAGCCUUUUUUCUGCUGCUCCCAUGUCUAAAGAUGAAUCAAAUGGAGUGUUGUUGAUGGCAGUGACUCCCUCGCAUCUUGAGAAUGCCCCUUUGUCCAAGAACAGUUCAAGGAAGAGUAUCAUUGGUGCAUUGUUGCUUUACUGCUGCUCUCACCCACAGUUGACCAAGCUCUUGGGGCUAGGUGGCUCGGUCGGUCUUGGCGGAUCCCUUGGUGGAGGUAUCAACACUGCAGGUCUGUCGGUCGCAGCCCUCGCUGCUUUGGCUGGGAGUCAAAUUCGAGCUCCAAACACGACUGCAGGGGACCGCAGCAACGGCACCCCAUCUCCGGGUGGGUCCACGCCUGGUGGACGACAGGGUGGCAACCAGCAGACUCAUGAGAUGACUGUGCCCAAUGAGCUAAUCGGCUGCAUCAUCGGCAAGGGUGGCACUAAGAUUGCUGAAAUCAGACAAAUCAGCGGAGCCAUGAUCCGCAUCUCCAAUUGUGAGGAUCGGGAAGGUGGGAAGACCGACCGAAUUAUCAGCAUCACAGGCAGUGGGGAAUCCGUUGCCCUGGCUCAGUACCUCAUUAAUACCAGCAUCGAACUGCACAAGGCCGUCAUGGAAGGCUCCUCCGACACCUCCUCCUCCAACACCACAUCCACCACCAACUCCUCCUCCAUUGUGAAAGCCGAAUCGUCAUCCUCCUCCUCCUCCUCCACCUCCUCGCUCCUCCCGCUUGCCAAACUCCUCCAGGCCCAACCCGGGCUCCUGGGGAAUGCCCUCAACCUCAACACUCUGGGGAGCCUGACCACUCUGCUGGGAACGCUGGCCGCCGCCACGGUGGGCGCAGCCAACGACGUCCACCUCCCGACCACGGGGGUGCACCGCUCCUCCUCCUCGUCCUCAUCCUCUCACCAUCACCGCUCCUAUGCUCCGAGGAUGCGCUCCACCGUGGGCUCCCCGAGCCCUCCUCGCUCCCGAUCAGACCGAUCCCGAUUCAAUCCCUACUGA